CGCCGCCGUGGAGUCAUGUGAUAAUCCGGCUGCAAGGGCUCCAGCGACUGCUGGGGCCGUAGCUCGGCCCCUCCCCUGCCGGCGGAGCGAGGCUCACAGCCGGACAGUGACCUCCUCGGUGAGGGGGAGCUAGGCCGGGUCGGUACCUGACGGAGGAGAUGGGGGCGCUGUGAGCUGGUCGCGGUACAGGUGUUAGCGGCGGUCACGUGGAGCCGGGCCGCCGGGAAAAGCCAGUUGAGGGAUCCGCUCGCGGAGGAAUGCUGCCUACGCCUUCGGGAAAGGAAACUUCGAGAGCUGGAGGGUACUACCACACGCAUUAUUAUCUGCGGAGCAAAACUUAUUUCGAACCCCAGAAUAAAAACUUAAUCGCGAAGAAAACAAAAGAGCUCUAAGGAAUUGAAAGAGGUAAUCAAGAGGACGUGACUGCCGUGUGACCCAUGAGCUGGACCCAGGCAUCAAGAGCUCGUCACCACCUCCUUUGUCCUUGGAAUGUACCUUCUGUCCACCGUGCCCAUAGCAGGAGACAUUUUCAAGGAUGCAGCCUUUAGAAGGUAUUAUUCUAUGUGCUUCCUGAAGAUUAGAUUAUGAAAGAGACUAGAAAGAAGAGAAAAGUUUCAUGGCUGAGGCUUUUUUUUUUUUACGUGAGAUAUAAUUUACUUAUUGUGAAAUGGACAGAUCUUAAACCCCUACCAAGAUAUGGAACAUGGCCAUCACCUCAGAAGGUUCCCUUGCACCUCUGCCAAUGAGUCCUCCCCACAAAGGGAAAGGAGAUCUUCUCACUAUGUGGCUGUACCUGGCGGCCCUGGUGGGCCUGUACUACCUCCUGCGCUGGUACCGGGAGAGGCAGGUGGUGAGCCACCUCUGGGACAAGUACGUCUUCAUCACGGGCUGUGACUCGGGCUUCGGGAACCUGCUGGCCAGGCAGCUGGACCUGCGAGGACUCAGGGUGCUGGCUGCGUGUCUGACCGAAAAGGGGGCCCAGAAGCUGAAGGGCCAGACGUCAGAUAGGGUGGAGACGGUGAUCCUGGAUGUCACCAACACACAGAGCAUCGCUGCGGCCACCCAGUGGGUGAAAGAGCGUGUGGGGGACAGAGGACUUUGGGGUCUGGUCAACAACGCAGGCACUUUUCACCCAUUUGGCUACACUGACUGGCUGAAGAUUGACACCUACAUGAGUACCCUCCAAGUCAACCUCAUUGGUUUGAUAGAGGUGACCUUGAGCAUGCUUCCCUUGGUGAAGAGAGCACAGGGGAGAAUCGUCAAUGUCUCCAGCAUUCUGGGAAGACUUGCUUUCUUUGGAACAGUCUACUCUUGCUCCAAGUAUGGAGUGGAAGCCUUUUCAGAUGUUCUGAGGCGUGAGCUUCAGCAUUUUGGGGUGAAAAUCAGCAUAGUUGAACCUGGCUACUUCAGAACAGAGAUGACAGAUCUGCAGAAGGCCUCAGAGACAAUGAAGCAAGUCUGGAAAGAAGUCCCUCCUCAUAUCAAGGAGACCUAUGGACAGAAGUUUUUUGAUGCCUAUUUUGAGAACAUGAAAAAUGGACUGUUGCAAAGUAGCACAAACCUGAACCUGGUCACUGACUGCAUGGAACACGCUCUGACAUCUGUGCAUCCCCGCACUCGAUAUUCAGCUGGCUGGGAUGCUCAAUUUUUCUUCAUCCCUCUAUCUUAUUUACCUACAUCACUGGCAGACUACAUAUUGACUAGAUCUUGGCCCAAACCAGCCCAGGCAGUCUAAAGAAAACUGGCUUUGUGGCUCUUGAAAUGAAGAAGGCAAAAAUCUGAAAUUGAUUGUUAGUGUUCCAGUAAUCCUUAUUUAUAAUCUAUACUUUCGGCAACAAUAAGCUUUAUUGCCUAAACGCAUUUAUCUGGCAUCAUCAGAGAACCAGCAUGUUUAUAUUCCAGAUAUUCAAAGUUUAUUCCUUUUAGGUGAUGAAUCUUUACUAUUUUAAACAGUUUUUGAUGACAAUAUUUUCAAAAUGCAUCAUUCUUCCUUGUCUUAUUAAACAGAGUGACUAAAAACAAUUUAAUUUGUUUUGAUACUGUUUCUUUAUGUAAAUUAAUAGCUGUUCAUGAUGUGAUGAACUAUUGCUCAGGGAUCAUUAAGAAGUAUGUGGGUCUCCUUAUCUUUACUUGAAAUGGGUGUACUUGGUAAUUUUUUAAAAUAUUUAAUUUUGUUUCCUCCUCUCUAUUUGCCAGCUGUUUUUGAAUAUAUUUCUUCUUUACUUGAAAAGAAUUGUCUUCCAAGGCAGUAGAAAUCAGAGCAAAGAUAAACCAAAAUGGUAUCUAAUCAAACAUACACACUUUUACUUAGCCAAGGAGCCAUCAACAAAACGAAAAGACAACCUAGGGACUGGGAGAAAAUAUUUGCAAAUGAUGCAGCCAACAAAAGCUUAAUUCCCAAAAUGUACAAAUAGCUCAUACAACUCAAUAACAAAAAAACAAACAACCCAAUUAAAAAUGGGCAGAAGACCUAAACAGACAUUUCUCCGAAGACAUACAGAUGGCCAAUAGGCACGUGAAAAGAUGCUCAAUAUUGCUAAUUAUCAGAGAAAUGUAAACCAAAACUAUAAUGAGGUAUCACCUCACACCAGUCAGAAUGGCCAUCAUUAAAAAGUCCACAAACAAUAAAUGCUGGAGAUGGUGUGGAGAAAAGGGAAUCCUCCUACACUGUUGGGAUGAAUGCAAAUUGGUGCAGCAACUAUGGAAAACAUAUGGAGUUUCCUUAAAAACUAAAAAUAGAGUUGCUGUAUGAUUCAGCAAUCCUACUCCUGGACAUAUAUCCAGAAAAGAUGAAAAGUCUAAUUCGAAAAGAUACAUGUACCACAAUGUUCAUAGCAGCACUAUUCAUAAUAACCAAGACAUGUAAGCAACCUAAAUGUCCAUUGACAAAUGAAUGGAUAAAGAAGAUGGGGUGUGUGUGUGUGUGUGUGUGUUGUUUUUCAGCUGUUCUCUCUGGUGUUAGAACACUACCAGUAGUAUUUUCUCGACAGUUAAAUGGAGCAUAGAAUUACCCACUGUAUGUUAACUGAUCCAAUAUAGGAUCACACUGAUUUUUCAUGUCCCUGUACUCCCAUUUAACCUAUAAUAGUUUCUUAACUUAAAAAAUCUCUUAUGCUUCUGACAUUUUUGAAGAAUAUAGACCAGUUAUUCUGCAAAGUGGCCUUUGAUUUGGAUUGUAUGACCUUCUCUCAUGAUCAGAUCCAGGUUACGCAUUUUGGCAGAAAUGCCACAGAAGUGAUAAGAGUGUCCCUCUCAGGCCAUUACACCGGUAGGCACAUAAUGCAAGUUUAUCUCAUUGUUGGUGAUGUUAAGUUAGAACCCUUGGUUAAAGUAGAGUCUGCCAAGUUUUUCUACUGUAAGG